AUGGAGGGAAUCAGAAAACUUAGAGAAUUGGGUCGCGAUGCAGCUCUGAUUACAGGAGGUUUUGUGCGAUUUUGGGCGAAACAGAAGCCGACUGGGCGUUUUGGGCUAAACAGAGACAGGGACGAGGUUGGGUGUUUUGGGAGAAAUAGACAGGGGAAGAGGAAGGAGGUCGGCUCAAUGAUGGGGAUUGGAGUCAGUGCUGGUAGGGCACCAUGGAGUUCUAACAGAGGAAGAGAGCAGAGUGAGACGGGAGUGACAACCCGCCAAAAGAGGGAGAGUCGUAUGAUUUUCUUUGGGCUUUUGGUCUUGUUGCUAUUGGACCGACUAAUAGAAAGGGUCUAG